UUCUUCUCUGCUCCAGAGAGCGGGUCCUCCACGCUGCUCUUCUUCUUCUUCUCUUCUCCGUCAUGUGUCCCCGGCCGCCUCUCUGCUCUGCGUCAUCAGCGACACGUUCAUGGCUCCAGGUGCCUCGUUUGAUUCUCCGUCGCCGUCUGAGCGUGUUCAGUGGCAGUGUUUCUCGGCCAAUUCCGUGGCGCCGUCGGCCAAUCGCCUUCCUCUGCUACGUCUUGUCAGUCAGCGCUCUGCGGCCAUUGGCUAAGCGGGUGGCGUUGUACCGCUCCUUCCCGACUCGCAUCCUCUCUCGGGCCUGGGGCCGAAUGAACGGGGUGGACCUCCCCACAUGGCUCCGAAAGCCGGUCUUCUCCCUCUACAUCUGGACCUUCGGGGUCAAUAUGCAGGAGGCAGCGGUGGAGGAUUUACAUCACUACAGGAAUCUGGGUGAAUUUUUCCGUCGACGUCUCAAACCUGCAGUCCGACCGCUCUGCGCCAACUCUUGUCUGAUCUCUCCCGCUGAUGGGAAGAUCCUCCACUUCGGUCAAGUAAAGAACUCAGAGGUGGAGCAGGUGAAGGGGGUCACCUACAGUCUGGAGAACUUCUUGGGUCCACAGAAGAGGCGGGGCAACGAGUCCUCGUCGUCCUUCAGGGACCUCCUCCUGUCGUCUCCUGAUAACGACCUGUUCCACGUCGUGGUCUACCUGGCUCCAGGUGACUACCACUGUUUCCAUUCGCCGACGGACUGGAAGGUGGAGCUUCGCCGUCACUUCCCAGGCUCAUUAUUGUCCGUGAACCCUGGCGUGGCCCGAUUGGUCAAAGAGCUCUUCUGCCUUAACGAGCGUGUGGCGCUCACCGGCCAAUGGCAGCACGGCUUCUUCUCGUUAACGGCGGUUGGAGCCACAAACGUCGGCUCCAUCAGGGUUUACUUUGACCAGGAGCUUCAGACCAACGCUCCUCGCUACAGUAAAGGCUCCUUCCACGACCGCAGCUACGUCGCCGACGACGACCAGGUGUUUAAGGUGGCAGGUGAAGGGGGCGUGGCCCCGACUGAGGGCGAGGGCGUGGUCUUACAGAAGGGGGCGGCGGUGGGCGAGUUCAACCUCGGCUCCACCAUCGUUCUGCUGUUCGAGGCUCCGAAAGACUUCAGCUUCAACCUGAAGGCUGGACAGCGAAUCAGAGUGGGGGAGGGCCUCGGCAGCCUCUGAUUGGCUGAGCUGUGUACUCAGAGGGAGGAGCCUGAUGAUGAGGAACUGCUGGCGUCCGAUGAAAGACUUAUACCAAGAGUAUGGCAUUGUGGGGUUUUUUCUCGGUAGCAAAAAACCUGUGGAGGACAUAAAGAGGACUCUGACUCCCAGAAUGCCUUGUACCUCGUUGGGGGGGGGUUGAUUGCCAAAGCGCUGUCUUUUUUUCUGCCUAUAUGUCGCUCUUCCAGAAACUGAACUAACAAACAAAUAUUCCUUUAAAAUCACCAAAAACAAAAAAACUUAAACAUUCACAUCACAUUUAACAAACUAAAUAUUCAGUCAAACAUUCUGUUAAAGUGAAAUAAAACCUUCAUCCGUCCGCCGAAACAGUUUGAAUGUCUGAAGCUUUAUUGUUCACAUGCUGUUGAAAAGGUCAAUUCUGUUUUCUGUUUUGAACCAAUCAGAGCUGUCGGAGCUGUUAGCAUCAGCUAGCUCGCACAGUCAUUGGUUGAAACUAAACAGGAAGCCUGUGAUUGGACGAAAAGAAACAAUAAUGUUAAUUAAUUCUGAUUACCCAUCCUGAAUGCUAACUCUUUUAAUUAGUUCAGCUUCUAUACUUUUUGUAAAAUAUGUAAUUAUGAAUAAAUAUUUCUUUCUCA